AGAGGCCUUUCGUAUUCAUGUCCGGGACGUCCAUGGCCACGCCCCAUGUCAGCGGCGUGGCUGCCCUGCUGAAGGGGCUCCACCCCGAUUGGUCACCGGCGGCCCUUCGGUCAGCCAUUGUGACGACGGCCUCCGCGUACGACAACGUCGGGGAUGUCAUCCUCGACGAGCAGAAGCAAAGAGCCUCGCUCUUCGACAUCGGCGGCGGUCACAUCACACCCCAGGCCGCCGCCGACCCCGGCCUCGUCUACGAGAUGAACGCCACGGACUACGGCGCGUUCCUGUGCAACGUGCUCGCCGGCCCCCACGAUGACAUACAAGACCUGAUCGGCGAUCAGGGGCUGAACUGCUCCACCCUUCCCGCCGGCGUUCAGGGCUUCCAGCUCAACUACCCAAGCAUUGUGGUGCCGGCGAACACCACGGUUCAGCGGACGCUCACCAGAGUUGGGCCGGCAGAUGGAGGGGAGACGUACUACCUCUUUGUGUACAUGAGGGACCCCUCGGUGAAAGUGAACGUCUCGCCCCGGACGCUUGAAUUCAGCAAUCCCGGCGACAAGCAGAUCUUCCUUGUCUCCGGCGAAUACCAAGGCAAGAACAAGACGGUUGAAGGCGUUUUGAUCUGGAAUACUGCCCACCACCAGAUCAAUACCCGCAUGGUCGUCCACAUAUGAAGAUCAACCGACAGGAGUUGAAAAUAAAUCGGUUGCUUGGCAAGGCAGAAGACGAUGGACACGGUGGUGGCAUCGCUACGAGGGCUUUACGCUGCUAAUCUUCACCCAUGAUCCUAGCUGUUUGUUGGAUCUACUACAUAUUAGUUCUCCCCUGCGUGGGAUAUGCUCCAUGUGUGCUCAAACCACUUAUGUUUGUUGGAUCUGCUAUAUUAGUUCUCCCUUGCAUGGAUGUGUGUUCAAACAUUGUCUGUACGUUUGGUUUGCACUCUGCCUGCCAUUAUGUAUCGAGUAAUUUCUCUUUAUCGGUGAA